CCUCGAUACUUUUGCAGAAAACACAUCUCGCCACAAAAACCCGCUAUCCUCUUAACCAACAAGAAUCUCCACUUCCGAUCAGAAAGCCCUGACACCACGGCCACCGCCAUGCCGACAGGCGAGCUACGCCCUCCCUCCCACCUCUCGGCGCCGCCGCCGCAUCCCACUGGUCCGGCUACCCCCACCGCCGCCGCAGCAGCCUCCGACGACGAGGACUGCCUAUGGGCACAGAUCAAAGCCGAGGCCCGGCGGGAUGCGGAAGCCGAGCCAGCUCUAGCUAGCUACCUCUACUCCACAAUCCUCUCCCACUCUUCCCUCAAACGAUCCCUCGCCUUCCACUUGGGCAACAAGCUCUGCUCUUCCACCCUCCUCUCCACCCUCCUCUACGACCUCUUCCUCAACACCUUCUCGUCCGACGCUUCCCUCUGCGCCGCCGCCGUCGCCGACCUCCGCGCCGCCCGCGUCCGCGAUCCCGCCUGCGUCUCCUUCUCCCACUGCCUCCUCAAUUACAAGGGUUUCCUCGCUUGCCAGGCGCAUCGAGUGGCUCACAAGCUGUGGAUGCAAUCCCGGCGGCCGCUAGCUCUGGCGCUUCAAUCCCGAGUGUCCGACGUUUUCGCCGUCGACAUUCACCCGGCGGCGAGGAUCGGGAAGGGGGUUCUGUUCGAUCACGCCACUGGCGUGGUCGUCGGCGAGACGGCGGUGAUUGGUAACAACGUGUCGAUCCUGCAUCACGUUACCCUUGGUGGAACGGGGAAAGCGUCCGGCGACCGUCAUCCGAAGAUCGGCGACGGAGUCCUGAUAGGCGCCGGGGCGACGAUCCUAGGGAAUGUCAGCAUUGGAGAAGGAGCGAAGGUCGGGGCAGGGUCCGUGGUUCUGAUCGACGUGCCUCCGCGGACCACCGCCGUGGGGAACCCAGCGAGGCUAGUCGGAGGGAAGGAGACGCCGUCCAAGCACGAGGAAUGCCCAGGAGAAUCCAUGGAUCAUACAUCAUUCAUCUCGGGCUGGUCGGAUUACAUUAUCUAGAGAAUUCCGAAUUGCCUCCCGAGUUUCCCUUCUAUUUGAGGUUAGUCAGUAUUCAAUUUCAUUCGCAGUACAUUUAUGAAUUGAGUUCAUGAUGAUACAGUCAAACCAUGGUGAAUGUACAAUAGAAAACAGAGGAGGUAUGGUAUAUCAUAUUUUGUUGAGUUUGGCAAGGAGGAAGACCGUGGCUGAUGUGAUCCCCGGGAUGAAAACAUCGUUGGGGACGGCUGUUGGAGCUAUCCUUUGUUUGAUGAACAGGGCAGCUGCGGGGACUCCGAAUAUGUAGAGGAAGAUGUUCUUCGAUCCAAACCCCGUGAAGCCUGCUCCGAUGAUGAUCUCUUCCAGCACCUUUUGGAACUCCUCCCUUGACAAUGCCUUCUUCUUUUUGUUCUUGCUGUCAUCUUUGUAGUGAGCCUGCAAAGUUUUUGUGAUGCAGGGUUAUUAUCUACUAAUGGAACAGAAGAAGGUGAAAGAAGAAACAAGGAUAGAGAAUAAUUCAACAUUGUAGACUUGUUUGAGCUUCUCUUUGUCGGGGACUCGGAACUGUGUGCUAUUGAGCUUCUUGUUGAUCUCCCUGUUGGAAACGAGAGCAGAAGCUUAUGAUAGAGUGGGGGAGUGGAAAUGGACCUAGAGAAGAUGAAGGAGGGGGGUCGGGAUGAAAGAAGAUUACUCGACAGUUUUGCAGACAGCGGCGUAGAAGUCAGCUGAGCCCAGUUCCUGGUUAGUGUCUGUGAAAUACUUGUCGUAGCAUUCUUCAAUGGCAGCAGCUAUAUCUUUGUCCUUGUUAUGCUCACUUCCUGCAAUCACAAGUAGGUUUGGCUAUAGUAGUUACAGAAUUAGUAAAGAGAGUAGAGGGAGGCCAUAAAUAGGGAUGGUGCAAAUCAGUUCAGAUUUUCCCCAUUCUGGACAUGUUGUAACUUAAAUUGUGUCGAUAGAUCUCCUUGCACUAUAUGAAAGCAACGGCCUUUCGCCACGUGGUUCGUAGGAACAGAAUGGAAACAGCGUUCUAAGGCUUUUCGUCAGAAAGAGAACAGGAAAACAGAGCUUUCUAAGCCACAGCUUUCGAUGAUCAUCAUCUCCUCUUCAUGUUUUCUCGAUGCUUACUGCUCUGCAACGCCGCCAUGCAUUUGACUGGGCGUUCUAAGCAUAUAAAAGGGGAAGAGAAGACAUAAAAAGAAGGGAGAGAGAUGGAGGAAAGAAACACAGAGCAUACCAGGAGCCAAUUUCAUCAUAGAUUGACCCAUCUCUUCAUCAACUAGUGAACCCAGCAGCGGUAAUUCUGAAACAAACGAUGGCUGCUGUUUAUUGAGGAAAGGGGCUGGCUGCCUUGUACGUGUGCUAUAAUAAAGGAAUAAGAGGAUGGUGGAGAAGUAUUCUUCGCUGGGGCGGCAGAGUAUCAAUCUUGUGCUGCCUUGCGAAGGAGGCAACGCUGCAAACAAGCUUUCAGCUGGCUGAUAUUUAAGAUUGCCAAACCAAACUCAGUUUUGAGAAGCUGAAUUUUGAUUCAGUGGUUGAAUUACAAGGUGAAGAGCACGGAUGAAGGCCAUCGCUAACACGAAUGCAACCAUUUUCAAAUCCUCUGCAAGGUCAUUUGGAAGUUGUGAUCUUUUUGCAAGAUUGUUACUAUAUUGAUUAUAAUGCAUCUUUUUUUGAUUUUUUUAGCAGGUACAAUAUAUUGAUUGUUUAUGUACGUGACAUAAAUUAUCACUCAAAAUAAGUUAUUGUUAUAUCUCAACUUUUAAUUGAGAUUGUUUAAUUGAGAUUGUUUUAUCUCAACUUUAACUAAUGUGACAACCACAAUCACAAAUAUCAAACGUUGUAUUUUACAAUGCAUCGAAUUCGACAAUACAGUAUAAUAUUAUAC